AAAAUAACAAAGUUAGGGUUCUACUUUCUGAUUUUAUUUUUUCCUUUUCCCUCCUAAUUUUCCUUCCUCCCAAUCAGAAUUGCAAUGAUUACCAGUUUUCGCUUGGGAAACAAUUUUUUUGCUAUUGGGCUUGGUGUCAGGCGACUGAUUUUCUUUCAGAGAAGAAGUUUGAUAAAAUUAGAAACAAGAAAGAGUUUGACUGUUAUUCUCUAGUGGUUUAUUUUCCCGGGAUUUUUUUUCCCUUUUUCCAGAUCGCUCCAUCUCAGCUUUCACGGAGGAAUAUAUGUAGCUGGUGAGUGGAGAAGGGAGGGGAAAUAUUCAUUGGAGGAUCCGGGAUUCUAGUGAGAACUUUAAUAAGUUCUUAUACUUUCUUUAGAUUCUUUUUGUUGGUAAUAGAAUUGUCAGUAAAUAACUAGUUUGCUUGAGUUUGAAUCCAUAUAUUAAUAUAUGGAGUCAGAAGUUUAUUCACCGUCAGUUCCAAGAGAUCCGGUGAAAUGUUGUGAUUGUGAUUGUGCUACUUGUUCUUUGAUCGGUGAACAAUUGAGUACUUGGUUUCGGUCUGUUAAACGAAAAUACGAUGAGUUCGAGACAACAAACAGGUUUUAUGUUCCAGGUUUGGAUCUUAACUUCAAUGCCAAAGUCCAAAUUGAGAAUGAGUGUGCCGCUUUACGGGAAACUGUUAGCAGCAAACAGACCACAAUACAGGAUUUGAAUAGAGAAUUGGAGGAAGAGAGAAAUGCUUCAUCAUCGGCUGCUACUGAGGCCAUGUCAAUGAUAUUGAAGUUGCAGAGAGAGAAGGCGGAGAUCCAAAUGGAGUCACGGCAAUUCAAGACUUAUGCUGAGGAGAAAAUGGUGCAUGAUCAGCAGGAGAUAAUGUUAUUGGAGGAUCUGUUGUAUAGUAGAGAGCAGACUAUUCAUGCUCUUACAUGUGAAGCUGAGGCUUACAAGCAUAGGAUGCUGAGUCAUGGGCUUACAGAGGAAGAAAUCGAAGGUGAGCCAGAAUGGCAGAUUCAAAACAUGGCUGAGAACUUCGAUGGCUCAGUUGAUCUUCCAUAUGAUUAUCCACCUCCAAAGUGCAAUUUGAACGAGAAUCCUGCUGAUGAUGUUGAAGAUAUUGAGAAAUAUACAUUUGGUGAGGCUCCCCGAGAACACUUAAGAAAUCUGGAACAAAGGAUCUGCCAAUUGGAGAGGAAUCUGAGCAGCAGUCAGCUGAGUCAACAAGAAGGAACAAAGAAUGUUUCAGAGAAGGUAAUAGUUGGUCACUCUCCUAGGCGAUCAAGACAUUCAAGGGGGCUUUCAGGUGAUAGUUCAAACUUUUUCCUGCCUAAAGAGAUAAAUUCGGAGUUUACCGGUGAUUCUCCCAGGUUUAAUACUAGCUUGAGGAAGAUGGAGUUUGUUUCAGAAAUGGACAAGAUUUCCAGCUCAAGAAGAAUGGAUAAUGCUUCAGAAGUUGGAGAUGAUAUGAGUGACAGAAUUUAUACGAUUGAUUCAAUCCAUACUGGGGUGCCAAAUGAGGGACCCUAUGAACCUAAACCUGGAGUUGGAGAUCAUGAUGAUUAUGGAUACACUCCAAGGGGUGCACUUGAUCUGCCUGAUGUUUGUGAUCCCGGUAUCAAGAACCUUUACGCAAGGCUUCAGGCCCUUGAGGCUGAUAGGGAAUCAAUGAGACAAGCAAUAAUAUCAAUGCGAACUGAAAAGGCGCAGUUGGUAUUAUUGAAAGAAAUAGCUCAACAUUUGUGCAAGGAAAUGUCACCUGAAAGACAAGUGACUUUAAGGAAGCCAUCUAUCCUUGAAAACCUUCCAUUCAUGUCAUUCUUCAAGUGGAUUCUGUCCUUUCUUUUCUGGAGGCGGAAAACUCGACGAAACAAGUACCUGUAUGGAUUGUCACCAAACAACGUUGGGUUGCUAAUGCUUCUCGACAAGGGCCCUAGACUGAGGCAGUGGAGAUGUCUUUCGAGUACACAAGUGUGAAAGUGGUUCAUCUACUUCCAUUUCAAGAUGAAGCCAACAAUCGUAAUGGGGUUUGCCGAGUGGGUUUGAAUAAGCUAUCAUGUAUAGACAUUGCAUCCCUUCUUAUGGAUUCCUUGGAGCAGCCUUUAGUAUAUUGUCCAACGUGCUUUCAUUU